AUGCAGUCGGAUGAUCCUGCUUUCUUACCACCCGGAACCGAAGUCAGUGCGAAGUUCAAAGGAGCAUUCUGCGAAGCUAAAAUUAAGAAAUUGUGCAAAUCUGUGAAGUGUAAGGUUUUGCUUAAAGAAGCUCCAUUCGGAUCACUGGUAGUGGAGGAGCAUCUCGUUAGAGGAACUUUGGAGGUGAAUCAAAACGUUGAUGUAUCUCACGGAAAACAUCUACUAAAAGGUGUUAUUCAGCAUGUCAAAGACUGUAGCACGUAUCACGUUGUGUUCAAUGACGGUGACGAGAAGGUAUUACGACGUACUCAGAUGUGCCUCAAAGGAGCUAGACAUUUCGAUAGUGAGUCAAAUCUGGAUCAGAUGCCGUUGUACAAUCCUGAACAGUUUUGUGCUGCUCCCAAGCCACAAACCAAAGCAAAGAAAGUGAAAAAAGCUAAACGACGAAGAGACGAUAGCAGUGAGGAUGAUGGUGGAAAGAAGAGAAACAAGAGAGCAGCUGCUUCUGCUGCCUCAGUAGCCAUUGGAGAAAUGGAUCAACUUCGUGAUGGAGUCGUUGUAUGCGUUUAUGAAGACUCCCAGCAUCGUGGCAAAUGGUUCCCGGCAGUCGUUGUAAACCCAAAAGCAUACAAGGAUGGCAACAACAAGGCCAAAAGCGUCGGCAAAAAUGAGAUUCCUGUGAGGAGCUUCCAGAAUGCUAAAUAUUCGCAAGUCUCACUGGCAAACUUAUCUCUUUUCGAAGACCAGCCAAUGAAUAAAAAAGCAAUGGAUUCGAUGAGUAAUGCGCUACGGACAGCAGUUGAUCGCGCGAACUCUUUUCAGAGCAAAGGCACUCUCCCUAACAACUGGACAGCAAAAGAAAUUUAUGCGGACAGCAUACCGCGUAAAAAGGAGCCCGCUAAAAACGCUUCUGUUGGAAAAGGUUCUAAAAAAGAUGAUGAAGCAAGUAAAAAGGAGGACGAUAAGAAGAAGAAAGCUGAUAAGAAAGUAGAGAGCAGUUCGUCCAGUUCUGAAAGCAGUGAUGAAGAAGAGUAUGGAGAAGAGCGAGAUUUGUUCGUCGCACAGUUGUACAAGUUCCAAGAAGAGCGAGGUACUCCAAUCAAUCGUGCACCUAUUCUGGGUGGGAGAGAUAUAGAUUUGUACCGCUUUUAUCGAGUAGUUCAAUACUAUGGAGGUUGCAAAAGGGUGACAACAAAUCAGCUUUGGCGAAAGGUUUUGUGUAAACUGCAUCUGGAAGGCUGCCCUGGAGCUACACCGGUUACUGUUCGAAAGGCAUACAUACGAUAUCUGGCGCAUUUCAACUCUUUCUACAAAAGGCUCGGUUGGUCCUUAGAUGAACUUUCAAUAACGUCCACUAUCAAUAGUCCACGCGAGCGUCGUUUGAUCCGGCCUGCAGAAUUACUCAAUCAGAAGCCGAUAACCAAAAGGAAGAAGUCUACUACCACCGAAACUAAAGAGAAAGUUACCAAGAAAGGAAAAGAAAAAUCUGAAGGAACUGAUUCUAAGGAGACUUCUCGAGAUCCCGAGCCCUGCACCAGUAGAGAGCGCUCAGUCUCGUCUCCUGUUUCUUCUGUGCAAGAAAAACCGAAAAAGGUGGACAAGGAGGAAGAUGGAAAGAAGUCCGAUCGAAAAUCCAAAGACGAGGAACCCAAAGAAAAGAGUAAAGCAAAACGAGAAGAGAAAACCAAAGAGGUGGAGGAUAAGCCGACCGAGAAAGUUGUCGAAAAGGUCAAAGAUCGACCUGAAGUCAAGACCGAACGAGAGAUUGCUGUUAGUCCACCGGUUGCAAAACCCGAAACAGAAUGUUCCACCGUCUUGCAACGGCAUGAACCCCGUGAAAGCGAGCAAGAUGCUCGGGAUCGACCCACAUCUGGUGAGAAAGACUCAAGUAUCGAGAGGAAAGAUCACGAUAUCAGCGACGAGGAUGGCGAUGGGAAGCGGAAAAAAGAACGAAAAAAGAUACCAAAGUCCGAGAAGAAAGGCGGAGAUGUUGGCGAUCCCGCGAAGUCGAAGGAUGCUGAUGAAGGAUAUCGGCCUGCUAACAUUGUCUCGCGAUUUUAUCUCGGACAGAAAGUUCGUGCCCAUCAUCACGGCAGAUGGUACGACGCUCGAGUGGUUACCGUUGAACAACCAUCAGUCAAAGAAAUGGUCGAGAUUAUGGAAAUGCAUGACGAAGAGGGUACCGGACUUUCCUCCCAAGCAAUCGCUCGUCUUCGUCUUGUGCUGAACGCUACACGAUGCUUUGUACAUUAUCUGGGCUGGAAUUCUCGUUAUGAUGAGUCUAUAACUCUAAAUAAGAUUCGGAUCAGCGAAAAGGAUGACAUGUCGUCGCUCGACGCUAUUGUUCGAGAAAUGGGUGACAGGAUUCCGAAAUCUCGUCUUGAUUUUCUUCUUAGGUGGUCAAACUCGACUGACGGCGUAGAAAGCCUCACGCGGGAUGAUGUUGCUGCGCCAUCAAAUCUUUUCAGCAUGGGUGGAUAUCGUCCUCGUCGCGUUUCAAUCUCUCAGUACGAGCAGCUAAGUGCUGCAGCAGCAGAAGGUCUGAAAAGAGAGAGUUCCAAGUCGUCUGGAGCAAUCGGUGUGAAGGUGCCUCACCACUACCGUGCUAAAACCCCAACAACAGCUCAAUCAAAGGCCGAGCAUUCCGUCAUCUCCCCAGCAAGCAGUAUUGGGGUAUCUCCUCCCCUGCGUUCGCCUCCACGUAGCUAUGAUACAACCUUGCCAUCACCUCACACUCGGACCGUGUCGUCACCGCCGCCAGUCAUUCCUUCGAAACGUUCGCGCACUAUAUCUUCGGCGAGCUCAGGAAGGGAAAGCGUACCGAUUGCCACCCCCUCUGGGUCGUCUACUCCAGUGCCGGCCACUAUAUACAUCGCGACUUCAAACGAAAAAGUUCUGAGCUCCCCUCAACGUCUUGUAUCUCCGCCGGUAUGCUUUAAAGAAUUC